AUGGACACGUUGGACGGGGGAAUCAUGCCCAUCGACCCACAGAUCGACCAUCUCAUUAUGUCCAAAUCGGACGACAUCCAGGAUCCCUGGCUCGUCGCCAGCUACGUCUUCGGAGUGACUUCCCUGGUCUUGUUCAUCCUGUUUGCUCUCUGGGUCCUACGCGACCUACACAAGAAGAAAGUCGCCCGCCAGCAACACUCCCGCCGAGCUUCCCAGAUCUUGCCGCUGUACCUCAACACUGGACAAGACGAUGCCGCGCGGAGCGCCGACGGCGGCGAAGACAUCCAGCUUCGGCGUCUCUCUCGACGCGUAUCCGUUCCUCGGCCUCUGCAUGCGCAGCGACAACGCUCCGAAACGCCGGGAAGUCCCCUCGAUGGUGGUGAUGCGGAGGGAGCGGAUGGCUCGCCGCACUCUCUUGGGAGCAACGACACUGUCGUUCGAUAUCACAUGCCCCGCGCCGGUCUACCGCGCACUCCUGUGCGUAGCCACAGUGUAGACACGCUCCCCCAGUAUGAGGAGGUGGAACCUGAGGGUGGAUGGAAGAAGGCCCAGCUUGCGGGAGGGAUUGGACGGGCGAUGUAA